GUUGUUUGCGCGCGCCAGAGAGACGUCGGGUGACGGGAGCCGGUUCCGGGCAGGUGGGCGGGGAAGAUGGCGGACCAUAUCCCGCUGCACCCGGUGCCGCGCAGCACCCAGCGCCGAGCGGCCUAUUACACCAGCGUCCCCGCCGCGCAGAGGCACAACAGCAGGUACCAAGUGGAAGAUGAUUUGGAUGAAAUGCCACUAAUGAUGUCGGAAGAAGGCUUUGAAAAUGAUGAAAGUGAUUACCAUACUUUACCAAGAGCCAGAGUUUCUCACAGAAAGAGAGGCCUAGAAUGGUUUAUUUGUGGUGGAUGGAAAUUCCUUUGUGCCAGUUGCUGUGACUGGCUCAUAAACAUUUGCCGAAGAAGGAAAGAGCUAAAAGCUCGUACGGUAUGGCUUGGAUGUCCUGAAAAAUGUGAAGAAAAAUAUCCAAGAAAUGCUAUAAAAAAUCAAAAAUACAAUUUCUUUACAUUUAUACCUGGGGUUUUAUAUGAACAGUUCAAGUUUUUCUUGAAUCUCUAUUUUCUCGUCGUGUCCUGCUCACAGUUUGUACCAGCAUUGAAAAUAGGCUACCUGUACACCUACUGGGCUCCUCUGGGAUUUGUUUUGGCUGUCACAAUGAUGCGUGAGGCAGUUGAUGAAUUUCGACGCUAUCAGCGAGACAAGGAAAUGAACUCUCAGUUCUAUAGCAAGCUUACCGUACGAGGUAAAGUGCAAGUUAAGAGUUCAGACAUACAAGUUGGAGACCUCAUCAUAGUGGAAAAGAAUCAACGAAUCCCAUCUGACAUGGUAUUUCUCAGAACUUCAGAGAAAACUGGUUCGUGUUUUAUUCGAACUGAUCAGCUAGAUGGUGAAACAGACUGGAAGCUAAAAGUUGCUGUCAGCUGCACACAGAGGUUACCAGCUUUGGGGGAUGUCAUAAUGCCAACAGCAGCAUCCUGUAGAACUGGAAAUGUGUGUUCCUUCCUGUGACAACUUUGGUCCUUCUACCUAUGUGAUGACUCUCCCUUAGCAAAGCGUAGUGUCACUUGAAGCAUUUUUACUCUUAACCCCCACCCACUCUUUCCUUCCAUGUGUACAAACAUUGGGAUUGUGGCCCCUUAUGCUCUUCCUACUUUUGUGCACCCAUUUAGAAUCAGCCACACAAAUCUAGAACCACUGUUUUUGAAGCUCAGAUAGGAUAGCCAUUCCCCUUAGGGCUAAGAAGUGUCUGGUGCUUUAGAAAAUAUGAAGGUUUUGACUUUGUAACUCAAGUAGCAAUUAACCAGUUAACUACUACUUAACUCUUACAGUUUGGAACAUGAGCCCUAAACUCCAGAGAAUUUUCGUAUAACCAGAGGACAUAACACAUUCGCUUCUAUCAAUGCUAUAUAACAAAUGCCUAUCAAUAAAUAAUAAUCCUUCUCCCAUGGAAGGUAUAUGAAUAAAGUCCCUUCAGCUCACAUCUUUGAUAUGCAUAUAGUGAUAAUUUGUAGUGUUUGGAGGUUAAAGUGUAAAUGACAAGCUGCAGGAUAAGUUGGACUUAUUCUUUUUACAGUAAUUCUUGAAUGCCACCUGCUGGACUAUAUCUAAAAUAGCUGUGGUGAUAUCACACUGAUAUAUAGAUUCCCCACCUCCCCUGAUUCAGCUCUCUUUAUUUAGACAAAGCUCCCACUGAAGUAGGAGCAAGUUUUGCCUUAGGGUAAGGAGUUAAUAGACUGUAUGCACAACUCUACAUUAAUUGCUACUGCAGUGGCAAAAAAAUCAGGAACAGAUUAAUAUAAAAUGUUCAGUGGCUCCACUUAAAGUUUAUUUGGCUCUAGAGAUAUUAGCAUUGUAGCAGUGCCCCUUUUUAAGUGUGUGAAAUAUCUUGGAAUUCAAUACUAUCUCUAAAACUGGAAUGAAAAUGCUCGCUGCAUUUGGAUAUGCAACUACUAAACUAAAUUAAGGUUUGCAGUUUACUACUAGUUUAACAAAAAUUAUAGAUUUAACUACCAAACAGCAAAAUGUCAGGUUCUAUUGAUGUAACAAGUCCAUCAGAAGGCAUGGAGUGGCUUCAGGUCUGAUUUCAAAGGGGUCCUUCACCUUCUGCCACCCCCUUGCUUGUGUCCAGAUCCUGGGUGUGUUGGGAAGCAGGUGGUCUCAACUGCACCAAAGUCUUCCCUGUGGAUGAUCCUGAUACUGUUACUGGCUCCCAGUGCGCUGACAGUCGUCUUCGUUACACAGGGUCUCUGGCUAACUUGGAGCACAUUUCCAAAGAAGUUUUAUUACUUUAUAUACUUUCAUGUUAUACAUGACUGUAUCUUUAAGAAUUGAAAAGGAUGGACAGUAAGUGUAAUUUGAGUAUAGAUAUAGACUAAACAAUUGGGUCUUGCAUUUAACAGCAUAUAAUGUCCAUAAUUGUCACUCAUUUUGAUUUCUUUAAUUAUCCAAUGUAAAGGAUUAUGAGUCUCUUGUGUAGUCAUGAGCUGUCAGUCCCAUCAACAGUGCAGCAUUGUAAUCUUAUCCACUGUGAUACCGGGAAUAAAUAAACGUGCAAACCUUCAGAGUUUUUCCUAAAGAACAGGUGACACCACCAAAGAUGAUCAGUACAGAUUUUGUUGUCUUCUCAAACCACUUAAUGUGAUCAGAGAAUUAAAAUUUCAACAAGUCAUUUAAUGAUGGCUGUGCAGCAAGGACUGUAGCACCCAGGUUAGGUUUCUUGUGGUUUCACAGUCAUGUGUGGGGCAGAGUUUUUUCUGGCACUGUGCAUGUUCUAAGACAUUCUUCUCUGGCUUAUUUGAUCAAGUAAAUUUAUUAACAGCAGUGAGGUCACUGUAAUUUUCAAUAAAUGGUGAUUUGCUGAUUUAUAUCAAAAGAUCCAUACAGCAGUAAACAAUACCAUUUACAUUUAAUUAGUUUUAUUGAACCAAAGGCAAUUUUAUUUGUAAUGAACUACAUGUUAUGAUUAAGGAUGUAUUUUAAUGAUCUUUAAGUAAGGUGAACAAAUGUUGCCCUUGACCUAAUAAGGGAGGUUUUUCUACAUUAUUGACAAAUUCAGAGUGAUUUCAAAACUAUUAUUGUGAAAUGUCAAGGAAAACAUUGUAGUACCAUCAUUCAGUCAUUUCAUGACUAAUGUAAACAGAUUUAAAUGCAUUUUUCCAAAUUGUUUACAGAUAAUAGCAUCAGCUAACAUGUUAUUUAGUGUUUCAAAAGUCCAGUAUACUGUUUUAUUAAAAUAAGUUAAUUAAAUAGUCUAGACUGUUCUAGACCCUAUUUUUUCAUUAUUCUUUUAACCUAGAAUUGGUGUAGAAUUCAACUGGUUUUGGCUGUUUACUUAAUUUUCUCUUAAGCGUGCAUAUAACUGAGAUAAUUUGCCUCAUAAAUAUGAUGAUUUAGAUGGGCCAGUAUUUCACCCAGAAUUUGUGGCUUGUGAAAGUUAUUCUAGACAUGCUGUGAAUUUC